ACGUCCCUGUGGCCCUUUUCAAGUUAAAAUACCACAUCCUGAUAGCUCAUCCUGGCACAUUCAGCUUCGUUGUCGCAAUAUUCAUGACGUCAUAAUGCGAGCAGACAAAUCAACGGGAAAGGGAAUGGCGGAAGUCAACUCGCUUUUCUCCGUUCGAUUAUAGAUUUACUGCGAUACGAUAAGCGUUUUAAGAUUGCGAAUAGACUUUAUAUGCUCUUUUAUACAUGUAUGUUAUAUAGAUCAACCGACAUAAAGAAGAAUCUGAUGUUAUAUACAGUGAAAUGAAGACCGUAACCCAGAUGAGCGCCAGAGUCAGCUGUUUGUUGACAUUUGUCAUGUUGGUGCUAAGUGUGCGAGCGGGGGUUGGUAUGCCAACAACAAUUUCCCAACUUGUGAACAACCAAGUGGAGCGCACAAUGUUGGGUAUGAGUACUUCCACUGUAAGUUACAACCUACCUCCAAUACAAGACACAGAAACAUCUGCUGAAGCUCCUACACCUCAAACAGCAUCAAGUUCUUAUGAAUACCAAGCUGAAUUCUACAAACUGGUAGGAGCCAUUGGUUCUUUGGUUAGAAAUGCUACUGACUGGAUUAAAUCUGCCUCGCAGCAGCUAUACCAGUGGGACAUCAGUAGUGAAAAGAAAGUGGCUAGAAAAUUUAUGCUAUCAGUGGAGACACCAACUACAGUGGAACAAGUAAUGACCUUAAGUGUUUCCAGAAGAAUAUUUAAACCUGUAAGGAAAAAGUCAAAACAUCAACCAUUGAAAUUUAGAGGAUUUAGUUGGCUCACAGAAACUUCUAACAGUCUAGACAGCCAGAUAUGGAGCACCAGAGCAGGCAUGAGCACUUCCACAUUGAAUUACGACUUUACAUCUGAAAGUGCCCAUGGGGAUGAUAUGUCUCUUGAUGAGGUAGUAGGUGCUUUUAAGGAAGAAAUCCACAAACUGGCGGGAGACAUGAAAGGUUAUGUACAGAAGUUCACAAUCUGGAUAAAAACAAAUGCACAGGACUUAUCCCAUUGGGCCACACAGGAGAGUGCUAAAACCCACAAUGGUUCAGUAAGGAAAAGAGUGAAAAAGCAUGCCUUAUCCUUGCCUAAACCAACUACAUCUCGUGUCUGGAAAAGGGUCAGACUUCCCAGGACAAAUGGUAUACCUGUAGUGGAGGGGAUCAAAAUGCCACCAGUGAAACCUAGAAUUUUGAUGCCUCCAAAGCUUGGGAUGGCAGUGGAUAGCCGACUGCUUGGUUCUGCUCACCUUUAUGUUCCUCCUCCAUCUUUUAUAUCUCUUGGUUACAAGAUCCAUUUCAUACUGGGUGUUGUUGUGGUGUUUUUUAUCUGCUGUUCUGCAGCUCUUUUUGUUGGAAGGAAGGGAAAAUCCAAGAUCGUCCCUGGCCCAUAUGUACUAGAUGGUUUUUAUGCAUACAUAAUAACAGUGAGGACAAGCUUUAAACGAUAUGCUGGGACUAAUGCUCAAAUCAAGGUGCAACUGUUUUCUAACAGCUCAUCCUCACCAGAAUAUCUAUUGCCAAGGAAUGAUCAGGAAGUUUUGUCUCGAGGAAAGGAGGCUAUGCUCCUUGUUUACACCAAAGCUCCCCUUGGAGAACUUACACACGUCCUGGUAACUUUGAAUGGACAUGGUGUUAAGGCAAAAUGGCAUUUGACUGAUCUGACUGUGUCUGACCCUUGGGCUGACAGAGAGUGGUAUUUUGCCAUUGAUAAGUGGCUGAAACCAAAACUUAAUGGGGCUGCUCAAACCCAUACUCUUCCUUUAACUGAUGUUGGCCGUGCUUAUAACUUAAUGUGGAGUACUCUACUCAGAAUAAUCAUAAGGUACCACACAUGGAUUUAUCCUGUGUUUGGUGGUGGACAAGAACAUGCUGAGGUGCUUUCCAGACCAGCCACCCUUUUGCUCCUCUUUUCAAGUGUUGGAAACUUCCUACUUGGAAAUGUACUGAUGGAGACGGCACUCAUCACAGUUGGCAGUCACCAAUUUGCCCUACAUUUCUCAGCCAACACUUUUCUCAUAACGUUUGUUGUGAAUGCAGCCAUCUGUAUUGCCAACUGCGUCUGUGAAAUAUUCCUUGGAAAUAUGAAGUCAAAGAAAUUGUGUGCUAACAUCUUUGAUAGAGUGUCUGCAUUUCAAGCACACCAAGAAAGACUACGGACAACAGAAAGGAAUCGUUUGCAAGCCAUAGAUAGUAGCAUAGAUCUUGCACACAGCCACAUUCAUGAUAAGAAAUUCCUAUUCUCUCAAGCUUAUACCGGAUGCUAUGUACAUCAUGAGGAUGAGGAAAAUUUAGAGGGAAUCCAAUGUACACAAUUCCUAUGCAACAUGGCAAGAUCCAAAUCAGACACUGCUGUCAGCAAGAUUGGUAACAAAAAUGGCAAUAACAACACCAGCAACAGCAGCAGUGCCAGUGACAUGAGUGAUGUUGAUGAAAAUGGUCAAAGUCAUAGCACAAAUGAUGCAGGGAAUCCAAACAGCGAACAGCAGGGAAAUUCUCCAGCAGAAGCAAGUCAGUUUUCAAAUUUCCUCAGUCAGCUUCCACCAAUUACACCAGAUGACAUCCUGUUUGGAGAUAUUCCUCUUCCUGAAGGACUCCUUUUUGGAGAGGUACCAUUGCCAGAAGAUGGUGCCUUGCAGGACAUUCCCCUACCUCAAGGUAUAGUCUUUGAGGAAACCCCACUUGAAUUUAGAGAGAAUCCAAUCAAAAAGAAACACCUGAAAGCAAAGCGACCACCAGUUGACAGGAAAAGACUGCCUAAAAAGAGCAAAGAUGGGAGAAAAUCAAAGAGAUCACAGGGGACACAGCAUUGUGGACAUAAAUCUGCUGAAUCAGGAGCUACUGGGGGCAACACAGGUGUGGACAAACCUGACGUGAUGCAAGACCUCGUUGUUAAAAAAGGAAAAAUGGUCAUCCUCACACAGUCUGACUUGGAUGCUGGAGUUCAAAGGCAGUGCAUGAUUUGCAAGCAGCCUGUCGAGUCUAAAUACCCAUACCCAUACCACUGGGUGUGCAAGUUUGAGAGGGCCAUAGUGCUCCGACUGGCACAGCCCCCUGUCAAUGGACCAGAUGCAACUCUUAAGCAGGAGGCAGAUGCUCUGUAUGCUUAUAUGAGGUUACCAAAUCCAGCAGUGAUUAACAAAACAGUACCAACCUUUCCUAAGAAGAGAUUGAUUGACCUUGAGCCAAAGGAACAAGAGAUGUGGCUCAAUGAAUUAUUUAAAAUCAAUCCAAUUUGGGUAGAUGAGAAACUGGAUGAAGUUGAUCCCCCUAAACAGGCUCAGCAGCAGGUGCCAAAGACACCUAAGGUACAUUCCAAUAAGAUGGCCUUACUCACCCAAGAACAGCUAGAUGCAGGUGUAAGGCGAAAUUGUCUCCUGUGCCAGAAGCAAAUGAAAGAUCCAUAUCCAAUCCACUGGUAUUGCAAAUAUCAGAAGGCUGUACAGCUAGGAUGUGCAUCAGCUCCUGCCAAUGGCUCAGAAGCCACUGUUUAUGACACAGCUGGUGCUCUAUGUGAUUACAUGGGCAUACCAAGGUUGGCACAGAAGAACAAUGAUCAUGUAGAUGAUACUUACUUUCCUGAUGUGAAACUGACAGACCUGCCCCAAGAAGAACAACAAAUUUGGAUCAACAAGCUUUUGCAGAUCAAUCCCUUGUGGGCAGCAAAAAUGAGCUCAGUGGAGUCAGGUACAGGAGAGCCUUCAAGCAUGGAUAACAGCACAGAAGAGCCACCAUGUGAGAUGCAGUUGCCAGCAAGAAAUAUGAAAUCAGAACUAUCAACAGCAAUUUUAUGUUUGGCAAUAUUUAAGGCCCCAAGCACAAGAAGGAAAAGUAAUCCAACAGACAAAGAUCACAUAGAGAAAGGCUUGUCCUUGGGGAAUGCUGAGAAGACAACUGCUGAGUUCCUGAAUGAGCUAAUUGGUGACAUGGUCAACAUGCUAAUGAAGGACAAGACCUCUGCCAAAUAUGGGGUCCAAGGCUGGCAAACAAAAGUAUUUGAGUUCAUGACAACUUACCAGAAGACCCAGCUUCAGAAUAAGAGAAAACCUACAGCAGAGGGAGAUGAGGACAAAGACAUGUCCCAGAAUGAAGAACCAGAUAAGCAUGCACCAAAGAUAUCUCUAACUGAGAAGCUGAACAGAUCUGUGUUUGACACCAGGGGAUUUGAUACUGUUGUAAGAAGGUUGAGCCAGGAGAUGACUAAGAAGACCAUUUCAGAAGACCUAUCUGACCAUGAAAAUGAAUGGGGUGAUGACUUGAGUGACAAUAAGCUGCAACUGAAUAUAACUGGAGAGUACUACAGGCAGAAGGACAUCAAGGGAAGUGUAGAGUCAGUGGCACAAACUGGCAAGUCACUUCUUGCCCUUCACUUGCAACCUAUCUGUGAGCCUCAGAAUGUCACACAAGAGAUUAGAGUGCACAGUGGAAAAUUUGCUCCAGAUCUAAAACCACGGCAGACAAAAUCUGGUUAUGUGUAUGGUCGUAGUCUCACAAACCUGUCUGCAUCAGCUUCUGUGAACCACCUCAAAGAAGCUGUUCCACUGAUGCAAGCUAGGUCGAAGUCAAGACAAAAGGCAUCACUGACAAACUUGACGGCAUCAGGAUAUACAGCUCAGAGUAGUGUUCAGAAUAUAAUUGCUGGCACCAGACCCAAUUUAUCUCUGGGUGAAUUGAUCUCCAAAAUGAUAGCUAAUGACCCAGAUGCUGGUUUGAAUGUUUUCAAGAUGCUUCUAAUCAUACCAGAUGACAUUACAGCUGAGUCAGUGAAGGAUUUGGCCCAAGGUACCGCCCAUGGUCUUUUAGGCUCAUUUGAUGAUAUGUGUGACAUUGCCACUGAUGUCAGCCAGAUGGCUAUGAAAGAGUUUUCAAAUGAACUGGUUGAGAGUCUUCUGCAGAUUACCUCCACCAAGUUAGAUGCUGACAGACUGUGUAGUCAGAGCCCUUCCACAUGCCUGCUGACAAAUGAAGAAACUGAGAGUCAACAAUCAGGGCAAUGCUUACACCAUGACAUUCCAUCUACACAUACAAUCGUUGGCCAAGUACUGCAGCUUAUGGAGAAAGAAGUGAUUGAUAUCAGAAAUGACAAGAAUCAAAUGAUAAUAGAGGCAUUUACUUACCAUUACCUGGAUGCACUUGUUUUUAAUGCCAUCAUUAGAGCUCAUCAUGCCAUUCUACACCAGUGUGAUGGACAAAUUCAGGAUCAAGCCUGCCAUGAUAAAGAACAAGCUAUUAGACUUGCCCAAGAUCUUCUGCAUAAGGAUGUCAAAGCAUUUUAUAAUGACAACUGGGAGGCAUGCAAGGAGACAGUACAGCUAGGCUUCUUGGCUCUGAACAACUUCGGGGAUGUGUUUGUAAAGGAACAGGAAUUAAAGGAAUCAAUUUUGAAUUAUUCUGAGACAGUCGCCAGAAAUGUUGCUGCUUCUUUAAUGAAGAAGGCUGUACAAAUGCUGGGAUUACCCCUCAAAGAACAUGAGCUUCCAUAUGAGGAUGGGAGUCCAGCUUCCUCCAAUGAGUCAGAUGUUUCCUCCAUUGCAUUAGGGGAUGUCAUAGCAGUUCACAAAGAGCUCAUAGAUUGCAGAAACUUGCUUGAAAGUCUCAAAGAUGCUUACCUCAUGUCUGCAGAGAAUGGAAGACUCCUUAAACUACCGAGGGCAAGCAGAAGCCUUGACUCUGUAGUCAGAUCCCUGUCAGAGGUUAACAAGGCCAUGCCGUGCAAGAAAUUAAGCACAUCUUUGCCACAGGUAGAUCGCUUUGAGGAAAUGCACGGAAACAAAGCUGUCUUAUCUGCCUGUAAAAUUGCUCCUUUCAUGCCAUCAGGAUCCAAAGAUGUGGUCAUUGAUAUUGAUAUUAAACAAGCAAAAAAAAGGAGGAGCAGAAGCCUUGACUCUGUAGUCAGAUCGCUGUCAGAGGCUAACAAGGCCAUGCCGUGCAAGAAAUUAAGCACAUCUUUGCCACAGGUAGAUCGCUUUGAGGAAAUGCACGGAAACAAAGCUUUCUUAUCUGCCUGUAAAAUUGCUCCUUUCAUGCCAUCAGGAGCCCAAGAUGUGGUCAUUGAUAUGAAACAAGAAGAAGGAAGGAGCAGAAGCCUUGACUCUGUAGUUAGAUCCCUGUCAGAGGCUAACAAGGCCAUGCCGUGCAAGAAAUUAAGCACAUCUUUGCCACAGGUAGAUCGCUUUGAGGAAAUGCACGGAAACAAAGCUGUCUUAUCUGCCUGUAAAAUUGCUCCUUUCAUGCCAUCAGGAUCCAAAGAUGUGGUCAUUGACAUGGAUAUUAAACAAGAAGAAUACGUUGCUCUCGAUGUCAGUGUUGAUGUAGGAAAAGAAGAUCAUGAAUAUCCAGUUUUAAAACAGCCAAAUAAAGAAGCAAGACCUUUGAAUGAUAAGGAACUCCUGCAUGUAGAGAUGAUGGUUAAGGGAGAAUUUAAGAAACUACUUCCACACUGGGUGAAAUACAUCAUCUUUGCACUUUUGAUUUGUUCCAUUGCUGUGUCAUUUUUCGUCACUGCCAUUUAUGGCAUGUCAUUUGAAGACGAAAGUCUCUACCACUGGCUGCUACUGGUUGGUUUGGCCAUACUGGAGGAUUUCAUCAUUUUCCAGCCCGUCAAGUGCCUGCUUAUUCACUUUUACUUCAUGGUGUUCCCACGGCACAGAAACAGGAUCAACAACGCAGUCUAAGUGUAUUACCUUUAAUGAAUCGAUUAUCUAAAGCUAACUUUGAUUAAAUCUGACUUUGAUUUAUGAAACAGAAUCAUGAAAAUUACUUCAUUUAACUAUUUCUCAUUAUUUUUCAGUUUUUUUAAUCAGCAACUCGUGAACACUGCUGUUGAUUUCAUUAACUUUCAAAAAAAAAAGGGAAACAACAUUAUAUUUAGUCAUCUUUUGACUGCCCUAAGGAACAUCUGUGAUAAAAAAACUUCAUAAUUAUACAAAACAAUUCAAACUUUACAUUUGACUUUAA